AUGGCGACUCAAGUAUCGAAAAAACGGAAGUUUGUGAAUGACGGAGUUUUCAAAGCCGAACUGAAUGAGUUUUUCACGAGAGAAUUGGCUGAAGAUGGUUACAGUGGUGUUGAGGUGAGAGUUACACCAACUCGUACCGAAAUUAUCAUUCUGGCAACAAGAACACAGAAUGUGUUGGGCGAAAAAGGACGCCGUAUUCGGGAAUUGACGUCUGUGGUUCAGAAAAGGUUCAAUUUCCCAGAUGGUACAGUUGAACUGUAUGCAGAAAAAGUUGCCACGAGAGGUUUGUGUGCCAUAGCUCAAGCUGAAUCACUGAGGUACAAACUCAUUGGAGGUCUUGCAGUUAGAAGAGCAUGUUACGGUGUUCUGAAGUUUAUCAUGGAAAGUGGAGCCAAAGGAUGCGAAGUAAUUGUUUCUGGCAAACUGAGAGGCCAAAGAGCCAAGUCGAUGAAGUUUCUUGACGGACUUAUGAUCCACAGUGGUGAUCCAAUGAAUGAUUACGUUGAUCAAGCUGUCAGACACGUUCUUCUCCGACAAGGUGUCUUGGGCAUCAAGGUCAAAAUUAUGUUGCCAUGGGAUCCUACUGGUAAGCUGGGACCUAAACGACCAUUACCUGAUCAUGUGACCAUCCUGGACCCCAAAGAUCAGCCAAUACCUGAGCAGCCAUACUCUGAACAGAAAGGAACUAAACCUGUUGAUCCCACUCAACAACAGGCAUUGCCUCAAUAG